AUGAGAGCUUGGUUGGCGAAAAAUAAGGCUAUAACUAAAGUCUUUGGGGAUUGGGAUAAGUCUUUUGAGGAGCUUCCAAGAGAAUUUUCUGGGCUUUCGGACCAUCAAUUAAGGGUUUUCCCUACUUUAUACUCCUUAUAUAUCUCUAUAGAUGGGACACAUUUGUACGAAAAGUACAAAGGCACAUUAAUGAUUGCUAUGGUGAUAGAUACAAAUUCUCAGUUGUUCCCACUUGCCUUUGCUAUUGUUGAGGGAGAAAGCAACGACACAUGGAGUUGGUUUUUGGAUUGUAUAAGGCAGUAUGUUACUAAAAGGGAUGACUUAUGUGUCAUCUCUGAUCGUCACAAGGGAAUUUUGCAUGCAAUGAACAGAGUCGGAAAAGGGUGGGAAGAGCCAUAUGCGUUCCAUUGGUUUUGUAAACGACAUCUUGCUUCCAAUGUGCAUAAGAAGUUCAAUAACAUACCAGUUAGGAACUUAUUUGGAAAAGCUUCUGAACAGACCAAGAUUCGAAAAUAUAAUUUCUAUAUGAUUCGCCUUAAAGAGUAUGACGAGGACACAUAUAAGUACUUAGUCGAUGGUUCUAUUCCUGAGCGCCAAUGGACUUUGAUUCAUGAUGGUGGCCAUCGAUAUGGAGUGAAAACUACAAACAUGUCUGAAGCGUUCAAUGUCGUAAUGAAGGGCGCCUGGUGUCUCCCAAUCACUUCAUUAGUUAGGAUGACAUUCUACCGGGUUAAUGAAUACUUUGAAAAAAGGAGGGAUUUAGGGAGAAAGAGAUUAGAAAAUGGACACGUGUAUGCCAAGAAACCAACUGAUACGAUUGAUAAGAAUAUUGAAAAAGCUCGCUUUCAUGAUGUUAGGAUAUAUGACAUAGUACGUGGGAUAUUUGAGGUUACCACUGGUCGUGGCAACAAGAUAGUAGGAAAAGGUGGAAAGUGUUACAUGGUUGACCUCACAGCUACAUCAUGUUCUUGUCAGAAACCAACCAUGUUCAAGUUACCAUGCUCACAUGUACUUGCAGUAUGUCGAGCUCAUAACAUUUCAUAUGAUGCUUUUGUGGACCCUUCGUUUCACACUACAGAAUACGUAGCGACAUAUAAGAAUACCUUUAUGCCUAUUCCAGACAUGUUCACCUGUGCUCCUUGGAAUGGUCCGACAGUUGUCCCAAAUCCAUCAACUAAUCGUGGAAAGGGACGUCCGCGAUCAACUCGCAUAAGGAACGAAAUGGAUGCACUGGUGACGCGUUCUCGGAACACAUGCGGCAGUUAUGGAUUUAGUGGUCGUAAUAAGAAAACAUGUCCUCGUAGGAAUACAGCUCAACUAGUAUGUUUUUUUUACUUGUAUGCUAGUUUGUCAUUAUAUUGA